AUGGUGCCCUUCUCUAGAUGUACUGAAAGUUGUUACCCUGGAUACUCCAAGCUGAUUAAGGAAGGAGAACCUAUCUGCUGCUAUGAUUGUGCCCCAUGUUCAGAAGGAACCAUCUCCACACAGGAAGAUGCUGACCACUGCAACCAAUGUCCAGAUGACAAUUAUUCAAAUAAAGAUCACAUGGAAUGUAUUGCCAAGGUUUUGAGCUACCUCUCCUAUAAUGAACCUUUGGGAAUCACCAUAGCUUUCUUUGCCCUGCUCUUAUCCCUAAGCACAGGGUUUGUCUUAGGAAUCUUCUUUAAAUACCAAGAAACUGCCAUGGUCAAAGCCAACAACCGUGACCUCACCUACAUGCUCCUUGUCUCCCUCCUCCUUUCUUUCUUAUCCUCCUUUCUCUUCAUUGGUCAACCACAGAUGGUGACCUGCCUUCUCCAACAGACUGCAUUCAGCACCAUCUUCUCAGUCGCCAUCUCUUCCUUGUUGGCAAAAACCAUCAUGGUGGUGGUGGCCUUUAUGGCCACAAAACCAGGAAGCAAGAUGAGGAAAUGGCUGGGGAAGACCUUGGCCAACUCCAUUGUCAUUUCUUGUUCUGGUGUUCAGGUGGCCAUUUGUAUGAUCUGGCUGGGAAUCUCUCCCCCUUUUCCAGAUGCUGACAUGCACUCCAAUCAUGGGCAGAUCACACUUCAGUGUAAUGAAGGAUCUGUGGUCAUGUUUUAUACUGCCCUUGGCUAUAUGGGCUUUCUGGCCACCAUCUGCUUCACUCUGGCUUUCUUUGCCAGGAAGCUGCCAGGGGCUUUCAAUGAAGCCAAGCUGAUCACCUUCAGCAUGUUGGUGUUUUGCAGUGUUUGGGUGUCCUUUGUGCCCACUUACCUGAGCACCAAAGGGAAAUACAUGGUAGCUGUGCAGGUCUUCUCCAUCUUGUCUUCCAGUCUGGGGUUACUGGGUUGCAUUUUCAUCCCCAAAUGCUACAUUAUAUUAUUUAGGCCAGACCUGAAUACAAAGGAACAUCUAAUGAUGAAAACUCAAGGUGGUACCUGA